AUGACGACAAAUUAUGUCGGUAUAAUUGAAUCAAAAUUAAGGCAAACAAAUAAGAAACCUGUACUGUUAGCGCGAAGCCUUGUAACGUCCCAAAAAUUGACUGUACCAUUGAGGGUAGCAAAUUUUUCAAGUGAAGACGUGACAAUCUACAGAAACACUACUCUAGGGAUUUUCUCUACGAUUGAUGAGAACUUUGAUAAAGACAAGGGUGUUUGUGGUGCGGUAAACAGUUCUACGGUUUGUACUGGCAUCAGAAACACAAUUGAUAAUAUGCAUGUUGAUUGUUCAUUAAAUCUUGAACAAAAAGGAAGACUCAAUUCCCUGUUAGAGGAAUAUAGCAGCAUAUUUUCAAACGGACCAGCUGAUCUUGGUCGAACCUCAUUGGUGAAACACCACAUUGGAACAGGUAGUAGUGGUCCCCUGCGACAAGGGAUAAGACGUGUGCCUAUACGCAAGCAGAAAGAAAUCAAAGAUCACAUUGACAACAUGUUACAGGAAAGGAUUAUUCAGCCAUCAUGUAGCCCUUGGGCAGCUCCUGUGAUUUUAGUGCCUAAGAAGAAUGGUAGUACUAGGUUUUGUAUUGAUUAUCGCCGGAUAAAUUCAGUCACUAAAUAG